AUGUCUCCCACAAGUGUUCCUGCCUCUGCAAUCCUCAAACCGGGUUCUCUUAUUCUCAUCACUGGUGUGACCGGCUACAUCGGUUCCCACCUAGCAGACCAACUACUACUCCGAGGAUACAAGGUUCGCGGUGUGGUUAGAAAACCAGCUGAAUGGUUAUCCCAAACCUUCGAUUCGAGAUACGGAAAAGGCAACUUUGAAACAUGCUUCGUGGCUGAUUUGACCGAUGAGGAAGCUCUGUCGAAAGCUAUGCAAGGUGUCAGCGGUGUAGCCCACGUGGCCAGCGAUGUCAGCUUCUCUCCAGACCCAAAUGUCGUCAUCCCCAUUGCCGUCAACCUCGCAACCACUGCUCUCAAAUCAGCAGCAAAAACUUCCUCUGUCCAGAGAUUUGUCCUCACAUCUUCAUCAGCUGCAGCGUCGGUUUACGUACCCAAAACUCGUCGUACCAUAACUGCUUCUUCUUGGGCUGAUGGCGCCAUCGAACAAGCCAAACAACCAGGCCCUUACACCCCAGACAGAGGUAUUUCAACGUAUGGCGCCUCUAAAGCGCUAGCCGAACAAGCCGUUUGGAACUGGGCCAAGGAAAACCCAUCCAGUGAUUUGGUCGUCAAUACCGUGCUCCCUGACUUCAAUCUUGGCCUACCUGUCUCGCCAGAACAUCAAGGCUGGCCCAGUAGUGUAAACUUUGCAGUUGCACUCUUCAAUGGUAAUGUGCAAUAUGGAAGAAUGCUUCCUCCGCAACAUUACAUUUCUGUGCAGGACACGGCAUUGUUGCACAUUGCUGCUUUGCUACACCCUGAUGUGAAGAACGAGCGUAUCUUUGGAUUCGCAGAACCCAAGAGUGCAAACACCAUCUUGAAGAUGUACAAGGAGUUGUACCCGAGCAGAGAGUUUGCGGACCAAGAUCCAGAGGAAGAAGAAGAUGAUUCAGUGGUCGAGGAGAAAGACAGAGCUGAAGAGUUGCUGAAAUGGCUAGCGGGCAAAGAGUGGACGAAAAUGAAGGACAGUCUGAAGGAGGUUGGAGACUAUCUCGUGGAGCAUGAGAAGGCUGGUUGA